AUGGACGGUAAUGAGUACAAGGAUGUCAAGGAUAACAAAGAGGAGCAGAAAUCUACAACCAAAGAGAAAUCGAAGGUGGAUAGGGGACAACAGACUAAUGACAAUGACAGAAUAACCAUUCACACUGACAUAACGGAUUCCCAUUUAUCAAGAAAGUAUCCUCAGCGAAAAUCAUCGUUUGCCGAACCGCCGUUGUACUUUGACUUUGAUGAUCUAUUGCCACAGAUUGGAGAAUUUGGACUGUAUCAGAAAAUCAUGUUUUUGCUAAUGAUCCCAUUUUGCUUUAUCGCCUCCUAUGUGUAUCUGGGUCAGAUCUUUAUGACGCUGCCACCGGAUCGUUAUUAUUGUUUCGUGCACGAAUUAUCGCUGAUUGAAAGCGAGGAAGAACGCAUGAUAUUGUCCAUACCCAAGAGGGACGAUGGCAGCUACAGUCGCUGCCAUAUGUAUGAUCUCAACUACACUGCCGUCUACAUAUCCAAGAAUCGAAGCGAGUAUAUAAAUAGUUCCCACAGUCAGAUUCCAUGUCAGCAGGGUUAUGUCGUCCAUGAUCAACUCAAUUUCCGCACAGCAUCCAUGGAGUUUUCUUGGGUCUGUGGUGAUGAAAUCUAUGCGACCUAUGCUCAAAUGAUCUUCUUUUUGGGAUCCAUUGUUGGCUGUCUGGGUUAUGGCCAUUUUGCCGAUCGUUGCGGACGUCUUUCGGCCUUGGUCAGUAGCUGUGCUUUGGCCUUAUUUGGCAGUCUGUUUACAUCUGUUAGCCCCAAUUUUAUGGCUUUCGCAUUUACAAGAUUUAUUGUUGGCGCUUCGUAUGAUGCGUGUUUUACCAUGAUCUAUAUACUGGUGCUGGAGUAUGUAGGACCUUCGUAUCGUACUUUUGUGGCCAACAUGUCGCUGGCCUUGUUUUAUUCCCCCUUCACCGUGCUGAUCCCCUGGCUGGCCCUCUACUCGGGUAAUUGGCGCACCUUUUCCAGUUUGUCCGCCCUGCCCAUUGGACUCGCUCUCUUUGGUUUCUGUGUGCUGCCGGAGUCGGCACGUUGGCUCGUCUCUGUGGGCAAGAUCGAUGAUGCGAUUCUUGAACUUCAAAAAGUGGCAAGUAGAAAUCGUCGUACGAUUUCAAGAAGUCAAUGGCAAACGUUUCGGGAAAGCUGCGAGCAUUUCUAUAGGGAGGAGAUUGAGGGUCGUAAUUUUAACGUGAUAUCCAUAUUUAAGCGAUCUCGUUUGGCACGCUACAUGGUCCUCAUGAUCUUCAUCUGGAUGACUAUUUCCUUGGUAUACGAUGGACAUGUUCGUGCUGCAAGUGUACUCGAUCGAGAGAAUAUUUUUAUAGUUUUUAGUAUAGCCUGUGCUACGGAGAUACCGGGUGAUCUCUUGGUCACCCUUAUCCUAGAUAGAUUUGGGCGUCGUUGGUGCGCCUUCAUCUUUACCGCGAUGAGUGGCAUCUUCAGUUUGUUGGCUGCCAAUUUUACAAAUCCCAAUUACAUUCUAGUAGCUGCUCUGACUGGACGCUUCUUUGCAAAUGUUUCCUAUAACAUUGGACUCCAGUGGGCAGCCGAGGUUCUGCCGACGGUGGUGCGAGCUCAAGGUGUAUCCUUCAUCCACACUUUGGGAUUUGUGGCCAUGUUACUCUCACCACCGAUUAUAUAUUUGUCCAAUCUAUCCAUUUCAUUGAUGUUAAAUACGCUGGGUGUGUUGGGUAUUCUCGGUGGUUUGGUGACUCUAUUUCUGCCGGAGACCUUGCACCAAGAUCUUCCACAAACACUCAGCGAAGGCAAUGAAUUUGGCAAGAGUCAACGCAUCUGGCAUUUUCCCUGCUGUGGACCGGGUGCUCGACGAUCACAGCGACCGAGACGUAUCUGGCAUCAGGGAUCAAGUUUGCGUACCAUCUCAAAGGAUGAGUAUCGAUCUGGGAAACUGCAUCGAGUGGUAGUUGUCAAAAGUCGGCGUCGAACUUUCGGUGUUUUGCCAUCCGUGGUUAGUAAUGAAUCAGAGGUACUGGAACGAAUGGAGAAAUCAUAUAAAUUUGAUCGUGAUCCAAAAGAGGAGAUCUAAAAUGAAGAAAGUAAAAUUUGUUAUAGAUUUUUAUAAGUUCAUCAUCGACUUCCAAAAGUUUAAAAGCGAUUCGACUUGAAAAAUAUUCAACUAAUGUAAUUUCUUAAACAUAAGUCGGCUUAAAGUUAGAAUAUACUCAAUUUCCGAUGCUUCAUACCCUA